AUGUAUGGAGGCACCCACGGCAAGAUAGACUUGGCAAUUGAAUACCAAGCACAGAUACCCAUAUUGAGGCCAAGCAUUCGUGCAAGACGGGCGAAUAUAACGGUGAAAUUCCAAGAUCUGUAUGGUUUCACAGUGGAGGGCAAUGUUGAUGAUGUCAAUGUGUUGAAUGAGGUGAGAGAGAAGGUGAGGGAACAAGGCAGGGUAUGGUGGUCAUUAGAGGCUAGCAAAGGUGUAAAUUGGUAUUUGCAAACUCAGUCCUCCACAACCCUCAAAUUCUCUGUUUUGGUCAAUGGUAUAACGCUCAAGAGGCUCAUUAGGAAGGGUAUCCCACCAAGCUUGAGGCCUAAGGUCUGGUUUUCCUUAUCCGGAGCUGCCAAGAAGAAGUCCACCGUUCCCGAGAGCUAUUACAAAGACUUGACCAGCGCAGUCCAGGAUAAGGUCACCCCGGCCACGAAGCAGAUUGAUCAUGACCUGCCGCGAACUUUCCCGGGUCACCCCUGGUUGGACACUCCCGAAGGUCAUGCUACUCUUAGGCGUGUUCUUGUUGGGUAUUCAUUCCGUGAUUCUGAUGUUGGUUAUUGUCAGGGUUUAAAUUAUGUUGCAGCAUUGUUAUUGCUAGUGAUGAAAACAGAAGAAGAUGCUUUCUGGAUGCUUGCUGUUCUCUUAGAAGAUGUGCUAGUUAAUGAUUGUUAUACAAAUAACUUAUCUGGAUGCCAUGUUGAACAAAGAGUGUUUAAAGAUCUGCUGACCAAAAAGUGUCCAAGGAUAGCUGCUCAUUUGGAAGCUAUGGAGUUUGAUGUUUCUCUUGUUUGCACGGAGUGGUUUUUAUGUCUAUUCUCUAAAAGCUUGCCAUCAGAGACGACCCUGCGGGUAUGGGAUGUUCUUUUCUAUGAAGGGGCCAAGGCUCUGUUUAACGUAGCAUUAGCAAUUUUCAAGAUGAAUGAAGAAGAGUUGCUUAUGGCCCACCAUAUUGGUGAUGUGAUUAAUAUUAUACAGAGAACCACUCAUCAUCUUUUUGAUCCUGAUGAAUUAUUAACGGUUGCCUUCGAUAAGAUUGGGUUUAUGACAACUACAACAAUAUCAAAAGAAAGGAAGAAGCAGGAACCAGCAGUGCUGGCAGAGCUUGAUCAGAGAUUAAGACGGCUAAAUUCCGUAAAUGAGGAUGACAAAUAA